AUGAAUGUGCAACAAAUAAUGGCGGAUGUGAUCAAAGGUGUAGCAACAAUUACGGUUCCUAUGAAUGUCUCUGUAACCAAGGAUAUACCAAAGAUGGAUUUUAUGGAUGCACAGGUAUAGUUUACCUCGCCGGGUACUUACCGUUUACACUGGAAAACUGGAAAUUCUGGAAAUUCCGCUUGGAAUGUUACGCGCCCUUCUUUUUGGGAAGCUUCGAAAAUACGGGUUUUGAUUUGAGCUGAUGCAAUUUUUCUACUCUUUGUAAAUCUGUUCAGCUGAUUUGAAUAUACUUUGAGGCAGCUGGUGCUCCCACCACGUCAAAUUUUAUAGUUGUAUAUAUGUAUAUAUAUAUAUAUACGCAAAGCACUCGGAUCGAGGUCUUGUGCAUAAGCAUAUAUAUAUAUAUAUAUAUGCUUAUGCACAAGACCUCGAUCCGAGUGCUUUGCGUAAAUGGUAAGCACCUCGAUCAACAAUAACAACACUUUAUUUCGUUUUUAAAAGAACAAUAUUUCAAACAUUGAAAACCCGCAGUUAGCAUAGCUAAUCGAAGCGGGUUGUUAGAAACAAGAACAAAAAUUAACAUUCGCUCCUAGUAAUAUCACUGAAAGGAAACUUAUUAUAUAGACUGUGUAAUAUAAACAGUUAGUUGAAAAAAAAAAUCAUAUACAAUAGUUAUGGCUUACUCAGUAUAUUAAUCGUAGAUUUCAGUUAUGACCGCUGCUUCGCUAUUUUAUUCAACAGAGUGGGUGAGUCAACAUAUAUAACUGUCUUCGGCGUCGAAAAUUCGAAAGAAGAGGUCUCGAAUUUUUUGUGUAAAAGUAGUUCUUAGGAGUCUGCGUAUUUCAAGUGAAAGGCAAUUCCAUAUUUUGGUUCCAAAAUUGCAAUAGAAUUACUCAGUUGGGUCGUGCACGAAUACUUCCGACGUGGAGGCCCUGGUAUUGUAGGAGAGAAUUGAACUAUAUCUGAUAAUUAAAAGUUAUUACAGAUAUUUUCCGGGCCAGAGUUUUUUUAGAUAUCAUACAUUAGAUUCGACACUGUCUCAAAAGUACAGCAUAUUUAGAGGUAAAAUUUUUGCAAAAACAAACGAAGGGACUCCAUGGGCUCUGGAGUUAGAAAAAUGUAUUAUACGUAAAGGAUUAAAUUAGCUGCAAAAACCGUGGACGAAGAUCCUGCUAGUUGAAAACGUUGGAUCUCUAGAAAAAAGAUCAAAUCAGCCAAAAUAUAAAGAACCAAGAACGAGAAGUCCAAAGACUACUGCAAAGCUGAUUUAAAACAACGUGUAUUGUUUUUUAUAACAAUAUUUCGGCUGGCCAUACCAGCCUUCUUCAGGUUUACAGAUGUUACUUAACUUAUGUAGCAAUCACAAUAUUAUAUAAAUGGAGAAUGUCGCAAUAAAUGGGAGAGGCGGAAAUGACCUACAACAUAAAAACUGGAAAGGAAAAAUACUAAGGAUAUGGAUUACAAUAAUUCGUCACGGCGGUUUAGCCCAUGAGGUUCAAGAGUCAUGGCCUUAUCUAUCAAAUGCGACUCCCUGGCCUUACGAACUGAGUCACGUGAAGAAUGAAUUUUCUCCAGUGGGAUUAACUGCAUGUCAGUAUGAGAAUGGUCAGAGUGAGAGAGAAAGUGUUCAGAAACAGUAGUGGGUUUAGAUUUAAUGUUAGUUUUGUCGACUGCACGUCUGUGUUCGUUAAAUCUGUCCUUGAGACGUCGCUUAGUUUCACCUAUAUAUUGUAAAUUACAACGGUUACAUUGAACCAUGUAGAUCACAUUUUAGUGUUACAAGUAAUGUGUGAAGUGAUGGAGCGUGUUUCACCUGUAGCGUAAAAGGGAUAACUUGUGAGGCCGUUAGUAAUGUAUGGACAAGUGGCACAAUUCUGUCCACAACGGAAGGAGCCUGGCGGAAAAUGAUUGGUGGAGAUAACGGAUAGUUGUACUUUAACUAAAAGGUCACGAAGAUUAGAGCUACGUCUGUAAGCAACAAAAGGCGGUUGCUUAAAGACGUCUUUGCAACGGUUUUUGAAGCAGUAAUAUUUUAUUCAAAUGUGAUUCCGUAGCCUGACCCCGGACAACCAGACCGUAUGACAAAUAAGGAAACAGUAAAGAGUGACAAAUGCUAUGUAGGGUAUGAAAUAGAACGAAAUGUCUCAAACGAGCUAUAACCACAAUGACUUUGCUAAGUUUGGCGAGUACUAUGUAAUCAAUGUGAUAUUUCCAGCAUAGGUGAUUAAUAUUAAUUAAUAUACCCAGAUAUUCAACAGGAUCUUUACAUUCAAGUGGAGAAUAUCCAUUUGUACUAUUAUCAGUCACCAUUAAAGUAAUUUGAUAAUUUAUAGUUUCUUCUGACGGGGGAGAAAAAUAACGUAAUUUCACUUUUUUACAUUCAGAGAUAAUUUAUUUGCAUCCAACCAUUGACAAAAUAAUUUAAGUUCUCUGUAAAUGGUCGUCUCCAGCAAAAAGCAUAUUCGUAUCGUCAGCAAAUAAAUAAAAGUCAAACUUUUUUGAAGAAUUGAAAAUAUCGUUUAUGUAUAUUGAGAAUAGCAGACGGCCUAAUACAGAGCCCUGAGGAACUCCAUAUGGGACUAUUUGUUUUCUGGAUAUGCAUGAAUUUACUGCAAUACUUACGCCCGGAUAAGUAAAACGAAAACCAGUCAUUGAUAAUCCCUCGAAUUCCAUAAUGGUAUAACUUAUUUGAUAAAACUGAGUGGUCUACUGUAUCAAAAGCUUUUUUUAGAUCUAUAAAAAUUCCACAUGUAAAUAGUUGCUUGUUCAGGUUACUUUGUAUGGUAUUUGCAAUAUCAGGAAUGGCGUGCUGUGUGGAAUGUUUAUUUCUGAAAAGUUAGAGAAAUAACGUUUUUUUUGUUUUCCGGUUAAACAUUUCUUCUUUAACAGAGUUGAGAAUACAGAAUUGUGAAUAAUAAUCGCUAACGUCGCAAACAAUAUUCCCGCUGGUGAUAUAUAAUGAAAUCUAUUUCAUAGGAUAUUGUCAAUUAACGUAGCUGAAUUAUUAUGGACACGGGAUGGUUUAUCAAUUGUCGGGAUAAAAGAAAAGCUUUGUGAUGAAAGUAGAAAAUUAUGCCCGUAAUUGCAUUUUUCGACACCGAGUAGGUUUAUGUUGAAGUCACCCAUUGAUACAGAGCUAUUUGGUUGAGGCGGAGAGCCUUUCCAUUGUUUCGUCAAAGUAAUCUUGAAAGCGUUGUGGUGAAUUACGCUGCCUAUCUUAUAAUUCCGCAGAUUAUAUUUGGGCGCCCAGAAAAUUGAAUCUCAAUCCAUAAGGCCUGGAAAGCUUCUUUGGAGGUUCUUUCUGACCUCCUUUCUGUUACCGUAUAAUUUAAAGAAUCUUUAACAAACAUGCCAACACCUGCAGCAGCUAGAGGUGUAUGAUCGUAUUCAAAUGAGUAACCCGGUAUAGUAGGAUUAAAAUCUAACCCCUUUUCUUCUGUAAUUUUUGUUUUAGAAAUUCCAAUAACGCCGAAACCAUCUCGCAUUAAAGGUUAUUACAUUAAACUGAGGAGCUAUGACACAAACAAGGAUAUUGCUGUUUUAGGUCAAAUUCUUGCUUAAGUCAUUACUUUAAAAUGUCUUUGCCCAUACAUAAACUGCUCCUGUAUAGUUCAAAAAAUAUUAAACAAAUUCACUCAGUGAGCACUGAAUAGCCAUGAUAAUAUUUCCGGUGACUUUUCCCUGCUUAGCAGCAAAAAUUGUAUAAGUUGGACCAAUAUUUUCAAGUUUCAAUCCAUGUACAUCCAGUGCCCCUUUUAAUGAUGACUUAGACAGAAACUAAAGAUGACUAUUUGCGUGUAUCUUUUCUAAGCAAGCGUUAUGUUGUUGUUUGAGAUCAGGCAUUAUUUCCUAAAUUUUACUUUGUACCUUUACAUUGAUAUUUUACUUUCUAGACAUUGAUGAAUGUGACGCUAUCGAAAGUCCCUGCACCUGUAGUUUGGGCAGGGGACAAUGCGGAGAAAAUUGUACAAAUACCAUUGGUAGCUUUACCUGCUCAUGCGCACCAGGAUUCCAGUUACAAAGUGGCGCCAAAACAGUCUGCGAGGGUAACGCAUUUUGUUCCAUUUUUAAAAUUGUAUUUUAAAAUAUUUUUAAAGUAGUUCAAAAUGAUUCAACCAGAUGGGUUACACAGGGGAUGGGUUUGAAAUGCUCAAACAUUUAGGGCCGGUUAUUUAUGCGAAGUCCAACUUAGGCCACGGUUUAAGAAAUAAUUGAACAUUAAGAUCUCUUCCUCACUGGUUUAAUUUAAGAAAAAGUGCUCUUCCAGUCUACGCCAUAUGCUUUAUUUACGACAAAUGGUGUUUAAAUAAAAGCGUUGGGCAAACUGAAAAUGGCUUAGAACGAGGUUUUGUUAAACAGGGGUUAAACUCUGUUUAAAUAAAUGGCCCUUAGUCUUUUAAAUAAUCUUAGUAAUUUGCAAUUUUGGAAAACUUUGAACAGUUUAAGCGUAAAUUAUUGGUAGACCUAAAAGGAAAUUAAAAAAGAUAUUCUAUGGCUAUGUAAAUUUAAUCGAGGUAGGGUUAACAAUUGACGAUCGGAAUUUUCUUAAGCAGCAAUCAUUAAUCCCUCGUUUCAGAUAUCAAUGAAUGCUCUACUGCAAAUGGCGGAUGUUCUCAGAGAUGUUAUAACACCCCAGGGAGUUUCUCUUGCGGUUGUUACAGGAGCUUUCGCCUCAGAAGCGACGGCACCAGUUGUGAAGGUAAAAACUGUGUUAAUACAUCCGUUGAUUUUCAAAACUGAUCUUGAUAUUGAUGCUGAGGUACUAGUACUUUGACUAUCACAUGUGGGAUGGUUUGGUCUUUCUGUGCUGACUUACUUCCCUACUCUUAUCAUUAUCAGAUGUAAACGAAUGUUUAUCCAACAAUGGUUUCUGCGCUCAGCAGUGCGUCAACACUGCAGGCUCGUAUUUUUGCCGCUGCAAUCCAGGAUUUUUCUUGGAUUCGAAUGGCCAAUCUUGCUCAGGUAAGUAGCUGCAUGUGAGGUAGCUGUGGAGAGAAAUGAGCGUUCAACGUUCAAAUAUUUCCUAGUCGUCUGUAGUUAUAUUUGAAAGAAGGAACAUGGCCGUUUUGUGUAAAAGUAAGCCUUUGUGAUUGUUUAUAAUCCAGUGUCUUUUUUUGGGGGGGGGGGGCUGCGGGCUGCGGGCUGCUAAUGCAAUUAUGAGUUUUUUAUUGUCGAAUUAAGUUAUUGAUGUUACCAGGAGCCCAUAGCCUGACGUUUCUAAAAAGUUUGACAUUUUUGUGUUGCAGAUCACGAUGAAUGUUCAACUUCACACCAUGGCUGCGAAUAUAAGUGCAAUAAUUUCCAUGGUAGCUUUUUCUGUUCAUGUGAUUCAGGAUAUGCACUCAACAAUGAUAACAAAACUUGCUCAGGUAUAAUCACUGCGUUUUGAGCGCCAGGAAUUUGCUCCAGAUUGCGAGAUCAAUCACUGUUUGGUAGACUUUUUCGUCUUAACAGCGAAUUAGUGCUGGGUGUAGUUAAUCGAUAGAAAUCGAUAACAAUUGAUUUAAUCUGCCGAUCGUUUAGAAAUCCAAACUACGAGUAGGCCCCAAUUUUUCCUCGGGGAUAGUAGAGCGAGUGAAACGCGAGCGCGCGUAAAAAUCACCCUACGCCUUUCUCGCGUGGGGGAAUUUUCACGGGUAUUCGCGUUUUGCUCGCUCUACGAUCCGUGAGGAAAAAUGGGGACUACCUGCAGUCUAUAAGAAAUCUAACACAGAGAAAAUAAUUUUUCGAUUAUUAUCGAUUAACAAAAUUGAUAACAAUCUAUAGAAAUCGAUGACAAGCAAGAGUAUAUAGCUCAGAUAUUCUGAAUGGCGAUGCUAUUUGGCAAAUAACAUCGACGAGACCGGCUUCAGCUUAACACCUUUUUUUUUUUACUUCAGCAACUACUCCUCGUCGUGUUCCAUUUUUUGUUUCUUUGGUUUUAAAAGAUCUUUGCAUGCCCAUUUAAUCCUGCAUCAUCGACUUCAUCGUGCAUUUCUUUUCUUGCAAUCUCGCUCACAUUGAAAUCCAAUUCACUGCGGUAUAUAUAGGGCCAUUGAAGUCCUCGAGGGGUCGUACUUGCAAUUGUUUCGGCGAAAACUGUUAUUUCAGUGUGCGUGUAAAUCUUUUUAGUGAUAAAACAUGUUUUAUCAGUUAAAAGAACUGCAUAAUAUCACGACUGAAUGACCUUAUAAUACCGUACAAACAAAAUUGUGCCAACGAAUGACUUUAAUCAUUUCCGAUGAUAAUCGGUAUUAAUCAAGAGACUAUAAAGGGGACAGAGAGGGCAUCCCCCAUAUACACCCUAUUCAAUGGGUAAUUCGUCUCGAGUUAUUUUUAACACCACAGAUCUCAAGGGGGAUUAGACAACAGCCAAUCACAUAGCGCGAAUGUGUUCCGCGUGGAUGACCCACGCUGAGAGCCACGCGUCCUUCACGAAAUGACGCAGAACAAAAUGGGGGAAGACGCGGAGAGCGAUUUUGCUAUUCCUUUUGUCGACGAAAACGACUACAGAGAGAUUUCUUCGAAAGCUGUGUCAGCGAAACCGAAAUUAAAAAAGAAUCGCCCUUCCUCCCUUGUAUAGAGCUAACAGUAGAGCAGGGAAAUCCUUAACACACUGAAUAUUCUCUCAGGAUCUUUUAUAAUUUACAGUUUGAAGAGAGCAAUUUCUGGUUUGAUGUUUAUUUUUUCAGUCUUUAUAGCGAUUAUUCCUACCCACUUACUUUGUCAAUUGUAGGCGAACCCUCCUAAAGCUGAAUUUCAAGGGACCAUAUUCAAGCUCCGAAAGAGAAAUAAAAUUUCGUCGUUGCUUAUUUACGUCCUCCAUAAAACGCGAAAUUUUGAAUAUUGUGAGGUACACAUAGACACUUUUAUUCCGUUCGGGCGUGGAGUUGUAAACCGCCAGCGUCAGCAUUACCCAGUUAUCUUAUGCGUGCCAAGCUUAACUUAGCAAACACUGAUAUUCAACUCUGGUAAAUAAACUGUACAGAAACGAGUAGUCUUCAAGGGCGCCUCCUGAAUUUUUUCCUUCCAACAGCAGAAUUUUCUGGGAAGCUCAGAAGGCAUUUCUGAGACAUCUUUUGAAAUAACAAAAAUAUGCGUCGAUCAUGAAUAGUAAACUGGUUUUUCUUUCAGACGUAAACGAAUGCAAUCCUGUGUUUGUGAAAAGCCUAAACACGACCAUAAUUCCAGCUGGAUGCGAUCAAAACUGUCACAACACGCCAGGGAACUACACAUGCAGCUGCAACAAUGGAUACCGUCUUCUUUACGAUGGAAAAAGAUGUCGGGGUAAGGAUUAGCUAAAUUACUUUUAUCACCUGUCCAGUUUCAUUCCAGCGUCAUUGGUCUGCGGUUGGGCUUGGAGACAAACGAAAUUGAGAAUAAACCUAUAGGUUAAAAAAUUUUAAACUGACUCAAUUUUAACCUGUGAUAUGUAAUACUACGAAAAAUCAGGUUAUCAUUCGUAGGAUAUUUAAAGGUAUAACAGUCGAAAGCAUCGCGUAACAAGUAUGUAUCUAGCCCUGAGAGUACGUAUAGGUAAGGGUUUAUCACACUGAUAUGCCUCAAAUUGCACGCCAAAUAAGGCUGACGGGACAUACAGCAUGACAUAUAGUCUGAAGAUCUCCUAAUCUGAAGUCAGAUGUAGCCCUACUGUUUGUUUGAUCUAAUAGCAACAAUCUCGAUAAUGUGAGUCUAUUACAUCAACCUUUGAUGCGCUGAAUCAUCACUAGUUCAAUUACUAAAAAAGUUAUACUUUUCCCUCUUUAACAUAGACAUUGACGAGUGCAGAAGCGGAGCCCAUUCUUGCCAACACAUUUGUCAUAAUACGCCUGGCUCUUAUGGUUGUUCAUGUUUCAAAGGCUACAAACUGAAACUUGAUUUGAGAAACUGCCAAGGUAAAACCUGAAUUGGUUGUAUGUUGUAUGUUGUAUAUCCCACAAGAUUGUCGAUAUUAGUGGAGCUCUCGUACGCUCGAAGCGAGCGCAGUGGAGCACCUUGGGUAAGAAAAUUUGGUAUCUAUGUAUCCAAUAAAUUUUGGUUCUGACAAUUGGUCAACUCCAGCCUCGUUUCCACUUGUAACCGUAAAACGGGCUAGUUAGUGGAGACUAAGUGGAGUCUACGAGGAGGUAAGCUUGUUAAGAGCUUAGAAAGUGAUUUUGAAAGAAUCAGGAGCUGAAGAAUAAUGGAACAAUUGUUGAAUUCGGCUUUCGUACGAUGUGAAUAAUUAUGCUGAUCUUGGAGGUUGUUAUACAUUUUUCUCGAUCUGCAUAAUUCUUCAUAUCUUACUGAGCCUCAUUCACCUUUUCAGAGGGUUGUUUAUUCCCCAGUGCAGGUACUGCUGCUCGAAAUGAUUUACCCUCAAGAAGAUUGUUUUUGUUAUUGGUUUAAUUUCUCUCCUUACAGGCCUUCCAUGUGAGGCCAUCUCUGCUCCACCAAAUGGACGUAUCACCUGCAGUGGCCUGGUAACCAAUGAGAGUUGCACGUUCACGUGUAGUGAUGGCUACCAAAUAUCAGGUUCUCAUAAACGGACUUGCCUCAAUUCUUCUCAGUGGAAUGGACAACAAACGUACUGCUAUGGUAUGAAUUUAAUUGGGGCAUAGAAAAAUGUAUAUGAAGGACAUAUAGAACUGGAAGUAGAAUACAUUCUGUCUAAGGAAUGUUUUGUUAUUCCUCAUGCAGAGUAUCAAGGGUAUUUAUUUCUGUACUGGAUAACGUUUGUAAUAAUUUAAGUCAAAGAGGAAGGUCAAGAGCAGAACCAAGAGUUUGGCAGAAAAGAAUGACUGUCAAGUGGAUGGUGGUGUUAGUUUGACCUUGCUUUGAUACAAACCUCCUUAAUGUUUUGUUAUGAAAAUUAUGCCUGAAAAAUUCUAGUUAACAUAAGAACAGCAUGAUUUACAUAAGGAAGGUAAUAUAUCAAAACAAGGUCAACUUCAGCCUCGAUUCCUUUUAUAGCCCGUUGCUUCCUAACUACACGUUAGGUAUAAUUUUGGUGAGAGAAAUGAAAGAUUUCCUUGACAAUGUCACAUGAUCUCAAUUGUUCCACCAAACUUAAAACCAAAAGCUGAAAAUGGUUAUUGCUCAGAGAUAUCAAUCACUUCAUUUAUUUUUUCUCUCGUCUUCUCAACAUAGCAAAAAGUUGCGGUCGGCUGCUACCACCUGAGAAAGGCAAAGUGUUCCUUCCUUGUCACUCUACCUUUGAAUCAAGCUGCAGACGUGGCUGUGUGGAUGGCUUCUUUGCCGUUGGUGAUAAUGUUGCCACUUGCAGAUUGACUAAUUCUAGCGAAGUUGCGUGGGACAUGGGGGCCUUUUCGUGUGAAGGUCUGUAUUGACUUAUAGGAUAACGCAAUUUUGUUAUACAAUUGGUCAGUUAAUGACAGUGGUAUAAAAAACCUAGGUUGUACCUCACUUUUUAACCCACUUUUUUCAAUAAUGUCUGAAGGAAGCUUGAAACACUCCACCUUGCGAGCAGAACAUCCUUUUGUCUGCUUGAAUGAGGAGGAGAAAAGGACGCUCUGCCUGAAUCGUGUCAAGCUUUUGAGGUCACCGCAGCCCAAACUUCUAGACUAGUCAAUGUUGCUUCCUCUCGUCAAACAGGUUUAUUCGAGUGCGAGCAUCUGUUAAUUGAUAAACUGAUAGACUUAGUGAGCUCGCUGUAACAAGUGCUCGGCUGCAAGCCCUGGAUUUGAAACUAUAUCUUAGCAACAUGCUACGCAUGCUGAAGAAAGAUCUUACUCGAUUCAUGCAGAGUCGUUCUCGAGUGCGCCAAAUUCGUCGAACGAAAGAAAGGUUCUGCUGGCAGUGUGGAAACUACUCUUUCUCAUGCUGGAUAUGUUAUAUUACUUACCAGAUACAUUUUUUAAGUCAAUUACUAUCUCUUUUUUUUUUUUUUAAAUGUUCUUUUCUUUUCAGAGAUAAUCUUGUGCAAGCCGAACCCUUGCCGCCAUGGUGGCAAGUGUUUAAUAAUCGAUUCACAACAGUUUUCAUGCGAUUGUGAUCAGACUGGAUAUGUUGGUGCUCACUGUGAAAGAGGUGAAGUUAACCCUCCCGACUUCCCCAAACUGGUGUCUGGCAAUCCCUCGGGCACUCUUGAGCUGCAAGCAAAGCCAGCUGAAUCUUUGAUAAUUAACUUGCAUCCUUCAAUAAAUAUAACCAUCCAGCCCGAGGAACUAAUCAUUCGACAUCCAUCUUCAAGGGCAACCUUUCAAUUGAUUGGUCACAAUUCUGGCCUUGGGACGGUAUCGUAUAGUCUUCAAGGGACCGACAAACAGGAUUUUACCGUUCCAGAGGAAAGCUUCAUAUUUAUAGGUCGUAAGGUAUCAAGUGAAGAGAGUAUUUACACCCGACUAGGACUGUUGGUAGGUGAAUUACCUGCUGGUUGCCAAAAACAGGAGUUGACGAAUUUCAAGGCGUGUGAUGUCAGAUUACUUGUUGAGUCGAACUCAACAAAAUUAAACGGUACGAACGUUGAGUCUGGUUCUGUCCAUAUUAUUACGUCUCACAACAAGACGAUCCCGCUGAGCUUGAUAGGGUACAAUUUUUCUUCAUCGCAUUUUUCACGAGAAAAAAUUAUGGGAAGACUAAUCGAACUCACCAAAGUUAACGAUCCUAUGCAGAAAGUCGACCAACAACCCCGAACCCCCGAAUGUUCCGAUAACCAGCUUACAGCGGGAGACUUAACGGAAUUGAUACAAAAAGAUGCCUUGCCCGAUUCCUUUCUAAGAUACUUUUCGGAACAACUGCCGAUGUGGUUAACGGUCAGGGUAAGGGCAGAUAACGAGUUAUUUGACGUAGAAAACACUUUUGCCCACCUCAUUCAAAGCAAUGAGGCCCACCUCGUUCGACCAACCUGCAGAUUUCCGCACAACGAACAAUCAGUUGUAGUCCUAUAUCGUCCACUGGUUAGAUACAGCAUCUCGGUUGAAAACAACCACCUUUCGUUAUCCAGCAAAGAUUCAUGUUUUACCUCUGAUAUUUGUGAGUCAGGGGAGUUUAUGACUUUAUCCCAAAAUGCAAGCAAAAAAGUUGCUACGAUGCAGUUCAUGCAAGACAUGGCUGGUAGGGGAUGGGAGUUUCUGAUAUCUUCUUUUGGUUUUACAACCCCGAGACGAUACAUCAAGAUCGUAGGCAACGUACCAGAUGGUCACUUGGCUGAAAACUUCUCGGAUUUUCAUUAUAACUGGUGGUGGCAAGGACGUGCAAACAUCAACCUUGGUAGUGACUCAGGAAUUUCUGUGAACAUGAAAAUAAGUGGAGAAGUCUUUGCUUUCUCAGAAGACUUAGAUGCCGUAAGUUUGAAUUAACAUCCUUAAUGCAGAUUAGAAAAGUUGCUGUAUCAUAUGACUUUUCCAUGUCUAAACCAUCAAAAUGUGCCUUAUAAGGGGUAUUAUUGAUGGCUGUGUCAUAAGCUAUUUUGCUUAUACGCAUUACUUCCUCUUGUUUCAUUGUUCUGUAAAUUCGGUCCACAAGUCCUUGACUACGUCUAUGUCUUUUUCGAAGCCUAAUCAUUUUCUGUUUGCUAGCGUCUAUUUGUAAUCCUCAGGCGUUUGUCUUUAAAAAUGUAGCCACAAACCGAAAUUAGUCUUGGGCCAACACACUAUAUAUAUAUUUUUUCCCUCGGAUCUUUCCUCGUGCCCUGAGGAAUAGUCCACAUUAGGCCUUAAAACUGACCCGGCGGUUACACAAUUAAAAACACAAAAUAAGAUCUGUUUAUCAUUUACAGAUAUCUGUUUAUCAUUUCUUCCAGGUAUUCUCCAAUUAUUUUUCUCAGCCAAUAAAAUCUGUUUUCCAUGGUUCCGUUGAGUUCAAUAUAACCCUGCAAGCCCUUGGGGAGUUAUUUGUUUUGACAUUUUAUGCCAGCGAAAUGAUCGGAAAAGCAAAGUUUGGAGGUGAGAAAUGUUUUCGAAGCUAUUUUUUGGUAUUAUGUUUAUAAUUCAUAAACGUUUUUACAUUAUAGCAGGAGGCAAAGGAGCUAGGCAAUAUCAUUACUGUUGUUCGACUCUGCACGGUCCAUUGAGCACCGUUUUUGAAAAGUCCUAUACGGUAAUCCUGGAAUUGUCAAGGGAGCAUGUACAUUUAAAAUGAGAUAAUCUUAGAAGCGGGCGUGAACAGUACUCAUGCCGUUAGUGUUCGUUGAAGUUAUCAGAAAAUAAUAUAGAAGCUGAUAAUGAAGCAGUCGAAUGCGAACUUACAUUGUGGACCUUCGACUUGUGCAGUUUUGUCCCGUGCCACGAGUUUAUUUGGGUGCUAGCCAUAGCCAUGUUGUGUUCGUUGGAUUUAGCUUCGUUUGCACUGAAACUUAAUCGUUUUCAUUUAUCACGAAACAGACGGUAAGUUUUUUGGGGGAAUUUCGAUCUUGAAUAUUGAGCAUGGCUUCGUUGCCUCAUUUAUCUUAAUUUUUUCCCCAAACCAUGAGUUUCGUAACCUGUCUGGUGCAAUGAAAAGUUGAAUAAAGAUAUAUGCAGACGUUACUAGGUUGAAGUCCUGGUUUUGUCCUCAGAACAGAUAGAAGAAGCGUUAGAAUACAACGAUGAAACUUACUUAUCAUUUGGUUUCUUUGACUACAUCAUAUCAGUGACCAUGACACUAUUAGAGAAAGCUCCAAAAAGUUGAUACCUACCAUAAAAUUGGCCCUAUAUCAGAAGCUUCAUUAAUUUGGUAACGUUUUGGUUCUUCAAAUGAAGGUAUUCCAUGCAUAUUCACUCAUUUAUUUUCACAAAAUAAAGAAGGUCAUCGAUUUACCCGUUCCUAGUUAUACUCUAUUAUAUUAUGCUUAUUUUUUCUUUUCUUUUUUGUUUUUUACUUUUGAGGGACAACUCUUUUUACAGGCUACACUGAUGAUUGCAAGGUGCCUCAAGGAUUCGUUUUAACACUUGACAGAUCUGCCGAGCUCUUCAAUGCAAAUCUGUUGUCUCAUAUUAUAAGACCGAAUGCUGGUUUAAAAUACUUGCAAAUAUACCAUUCAGUUACCGGCGGACAGGACAACUCAGCCGAGGAUAGAAGGUACAAUUUGAGGUUUCUAGAAUUGCAAACGCAGGAUAUGAAACGAAUCCUUCUCGAUGUCGAGAAUACGGUACCGGAACUGCGAUAUGACACCGGGAAGUGGAAGGUAGUAGCAGAAAAUAUGCUGACCUCCGUUAUUGAAGCUCGCCGAAUUCUGUCCUCGAGUUCUAAUUGGUUUCAGCUAAAGCGUCUUGUACGAAAGCUGGACAAUGACCUUGACACGAUAACAAGGGCAUUUGACCUUCUCGUAGCCCAGCUACAACCGUACAGAAACCGAACAGACAUAAUAACCGUUAUCGAUCGUAUAGUUCGAUUAAAAGCAGACAUCCCACAGACCAUCGCGCUAUCGUUUUCUAAAACUCCUGUUAACCAGAACCUCCUGGGACUGCGUUUCCAGUUGGUUGCUGAAAUAUGUCACAAGCGACUCUGCUUCCCCAACAUAAAGGCAAUUGUUUGGUCCUUACAAGGUAACCAGUGUCGUACUAAUACACAAAGAGAAGUUGCUGGUUUACUUGUCGAGGGAACGGCUUUGCGAACUAUUUCUCUUAAUGGCCUCAUGGCAAUCCCUGCUGGUGGUUCAGUGACCGUUUUUCUCCCUCGUCAACGUAACCAAAUCACAACCACCUUUGAUUGCCUUGUAAACGUACUUGGAGUGAUGGAAAAGGUAACUGUUACCAUGAUUGAAAAUGAGUUAUCCUUCGUAGUAUCGGGGGACAUUUUCGGUGAGUUUGAUGCACGUUUAACUGUCAAAGCCUAA